UAAGAUGAAGAUUGCAGUUGUUUUCGCGCUUUUCCUUGCGAGUUUUGCUUAUUCAGCAUCAGUUGAAGAGGACGACUGUUUAUCAUUGUUCAGUAACGAGGUAUGCACAGGAUAUAAAAGUCUAGAAAAAGAUCUCGAAGUUGAAUAUGCUUACAAUGGGUACGAAGACGUCGACAUUUUAACUAACGUGCUCAAAAAGAAGUUAGAUUUUCUUAUUCAAAGAGGAAUAUUAAUGAAAAUUCCUUUAGUUGGAAACAAACUUCAUGACUUCGUAGCCAAAAACCAAGAUCUUGUCGCUAAUGUUCUUAAAAAAGGAGUUACGGUAUUUAUUCAAAAACUUGUACCAAAAAUCGUAUCAUUUGUCGGAUAAAGCAAAAUUUUGUAAAUUUUUCAUUGAAUAAAAAUUUAAACUUUGUUUGAAAA